CGCUGCGGGAUGUAGCCUCUUCACGCGCUAGCUGGCUGCGCCGACGAGGCUCCAGGAAACCAGGUGAUGGCAGCAGCCAGGCUCCCACCACAGCCGACAAGACCCCAGGUUGAGGUGACCUUCGAGGAUGUGGCCGUGCUCCUCUCCCAGGAGGAGUGGGACCGUCUGGGCCCUGCUCAGAGGGGCCUGUACCGAAAUGUGAUGAUGGAGACGUAUGGGAAUGUGGUCUCGCUGGGACUUCCAGGAGCCAAGCCUGAAGUGAUCUCUCAGCUGGAGCGAGGGGAAGAGCCAUGGGUCCUGGACAGGAAGGGAGCUAAGAGCCAGGGCCUGGGGAGUGGCCACUCAGAAAAUCUCAGAUGUGACGGCAGUACAGCCUGUAUGCAACGAGACAGUUUAUCUUGUCCAUGGGAAUGUAAAAUCAAAGGAGAGAAGCAAGAUGCAGACUUGAGUCUGAAGCCAUUAAUUAAAGAGGAAUUAACAGCGAUUCUGGAGAAGACACGGUUGGGGAAGACUGAUCAAGAAAAUAACGAAACAGAGCGAAGUUUGUGUCCAAGUCCUAGCCCUGCCUGCCGUGCCCGAGGUCAGGCCUCAGGGCGGCAGGGCACUGCGGGCCGAGAGCGGCCCUACAGGUGCAUGGAGUGUGGGAAGGGCUUUGGCCGCAGCUCUCACCUGCUCCAGCAUCAGCGCAUCCACACUGGGGAAAAGCCCUACGUGUGUGGCGUGUGUGGGAAGGCCUUCAGCCAGAGCUCAGUUCUGAGCAAGCACAGGAGAAUCCACACAGGGGAGAAGCCCUAUGAGUGUGAUGAAUGCGGGAAGGCCUUCCGUGUGAGCUCGGACCUCGCACAGCACCACAAGAUACACACAGGGGAGAAGCCCCACGAGUGUCUGGAGUGCCGGAAGACCUUCACCCAGCUGUCCCACCUCAUCCAGCACCAACGGAUCCACACCGGGGAGAGGCCGUACGUGUGCGCGCUGUGCGGGAAGGCCUUCAACCACAGCACGGUGCUGCGGAGCCACCAGCGGGUGCACACGGGGGAGAAGCCCCACGGGUGUCCCGAGUGCGGGAAGACCUUCAGCGUGAAGCGGACGCUGCUGCAGCAUCAGAGGGUGCACACGGGCGAACGGCCCUACACGUGUGGCGAGUGCGGAAAGGCCUUCAGUGACCGCUCAGUGCUCAUCCAGCACCACAACGUGCACACCGGCGAGAAGCCCUACGAGUGCGGCGCCUGUGGGAAGACCUUCAGUCACCGCUCCACCCUGAUGAACCAUGAGCGCAUCCACACCGAGGAGAAGCCCUAUGCCUGCUACGAGUGCGGCAAGGCCUUCGUGCAGCACUCACACUUGAUUCAGCAUCAGAGGGUGCACACUGGGGAGAAGCCCUAUGUGUGCGGUGAGUGCGGACACGCCUUCAGCGCGCGCCGCUCCCUGGUUCAGCACGAGCGCAUCCACACUGGUGAGCGGCCCUUUCCAUGUGCGCAGUGUGGCAAGGCCUUCAGUCUGAAGGCGACGCUGAUCGUUCACCUGCGGACGCACACUGGUGAGCGGCCCUAUGAGUGUAGCAGCUGUGGGAAGGCCUUCAGCCAGUACUCCGUGCUUAUCCAGCACCAGCGCAUCCACACAGGCGAGAAGCCCUACGAGUGCGCGCAGUGCGGCCGUGCCUUCAACCAGCACGGGCACCUGAUCCAGCACCAGAAGGUGCACAGCAAGCCCUGACCUGCCCUGGCCAGCUGGCCAGACUGCGGGCGCUGUUCCCAUCACCUCUCUGGGCUCCCUCUGCCCUCUGUUGAGUCAGUGUUGCCAAGUAACUCAAAAGAGACGCUUUGGGUGUGUGCUUCCUAUGGGGAAACCUCAGAGAAUACCUAUUUUGUUUUUACUCAGUAUCUUGCAGUUAUAUUGACAAGCAGUUAUACAACUGUAGUGAAUUUUGGUAAAGACAGCCGUAAUUAUUUCUUUAACAUUACAUAGUUUAUUUCAAGUGAGUUACUAAGCAAAGUUAAGGCAUA